GAGUUGAUUUCAGUGGAUCAUGGAGCAGUGCUGUGCUCGCGGUGUGUCGGAGUCUCCUGCCCGCACAGACGCGCUUCUAACUCGGUUCUUCGUGGUUCGGAGCGCCGCUGAAAGGAACUAAAGCUGGAGGAUCGUUACCGAUGGCUGAUCCUCUGCGGAGGACAAUUCUAGCCAAACUCAGGGGCAAGAAAGCCAAAGGGAAAGACGCGAGCACCGCAAGCCGGCCGAGAGAAGGUAAAGAAAAAGAGAGAGAUUAUAUUUCCAAUCACACUGUUAACGGGAUCCGGAUGGCGGAUCCGGUGGCCGGUGUCGGAUGUGGUGCGGUCGUGCGGGUAAACAGCGGCCGGGCGGACGUGCACAGAAGCGGGGGCUCGGGCCCCGGGGGUCCCGCAGGGGUCUCGGAUCAAAGCGCAGUCACGGAGAUGAAGCGCUUCCACACGCAGCGGGUCCGCGGAGACUCGAUCGGCUUCGGAAACUGCGAACACGUCCAUUUGAAACCCAGCAGAGAGGCUUUAAAUGUAACAGAUGGACAAGAUGUAAAGACGAAAGAAACAAAUGUUACAUUACUCGAGCAAAAGGCGGGUUUCAUCGUGACCAGUGACUUUGAAGAUCAUGUCAGGGGCCAACAACCGAACGGGGCCCCUCGCGUGUUUGAUUAUAUAGACGGAAAUAUCCACGAUAACGAUUUGAUUCAGGUUAUAGAGAGUUCACUUGAGUAUCAUGGAGAUUUAAGGAUGAAUACGUUACGAAGUCCGACCUUUUUCCCCACUGAGCUGGAAAUUACCGUGGCCCCUGGGCUGAGAGACGGGGCCCCUCGACACCACUCUGUCGACAGUGAGGACGACGACUAUUAUGAUAACCAAAUUCUGCCCUUUUAUGAGUCUUACGCUCAAAAUCAGAUGAACGACAAACAUCCGUUAACAGUUCAAACGUUAGGGUCAGGAUGUAAUGAAAUCGCACAAGAAACCGACAGACUGAAGACACAACUAAAAGAGGCGUAUUAUUUGUUAAUAAAUACCAUGCACGACGGUCAGGUUGAAGAUAACGGGUUUGUAGAUCAAGCCAGUAGUUCUAGCGACUCCCACGAUAGCGUUAGCUCACGGUCCACAACCAAAAACACAGGCAGCGAUGCGUGUUUGUCCGAGGAACGGAGCGGUCAGCAGGCUUUUGACUCUGAAUUGGCCGAUUUUACAUUUUCUGGACGCUACGGGGAGGGUUUCACAUUGUCUUUACAGAGCAGGAGCUUGCAAAACAUUCCCGCCGUGAGGGCCAAACUCCAGAGGUCUACGAGCGAUAGUAGGGUCAAAUAUUUGAGUUGCGAGGAACACCUGCGGCAUGGGGUUUCAGGGGACGCCGUGCCUUCAGGCAAGGAUGCAAUGGUCUGCAAUGCUCCUCUUAGUAAGGAGUUGGCCAUCGACCCUACAGCGCCUUCGGACGAUGUCCCAGAGCCAACCAGACAUCAGUCCUGCAAUGACGCCGCUGUAGCCAAGCAUCCCGGCGUCACCGUCAACAAGAUGCAGGAGUGGAUGUUGAAGGGUCGCGUGCUUUCUUCUGAGAUGAAGCAGAGGAUUGCGGGUUCUUUGCUGAGAGCCAGUCACGGCAUCCAGACUAGACCUACAACCGGCGCCCAUGCCAACGGUCCACAAGCAAGCAAAUAUGCAGUCACAGGAGCACAGCUGCAGUCAGCGCCAAUGGAGUGCAUCCCUGGGUCGUCCUGCGUAGCUCAACGGGGCCCCUGCACACGUCAGACCCCCUUCAACCACAUCACUGUCUCCAAGAAACGCAACUGGCUGCAUCAAAGCUGCGCCCACCCUCUCCUGCACCCUGAGGACAUAACAGCGCCCCCUGCAGCGGAGCAGGAUCAUAUACACUCACAAACUCACCCUCCAUCCAGUGCAAGCCUGCCUAAGGAAGCACAACCUCGGUCCCGGCGCCUCCCAUUACCCGGGGCCAGUGUGAAACCCAGUCGAAACUCAUCCCAAACGCCCCGUCGCCCAGAUCCAGCUGAGGAGAACGAUGCAGACGACGAAGGAGAGAUCUGGUACAACCCCAUUCCUGAGGAUGAGGAGGGUGGCGUUCCUCACUGUGUCCUCGCCAUCAGGGGGGCCCAAACGAAGGGGAGUGUAGGGGCGACAGAGGGGUGUAUAGGCGGUGAGGGGGGCUGCAAAGAGAUGGCACAGUCAAGUGUUUUGCAUUCCAGUGAAACCUUCCAGCUGCACAGACAGAUGUUUGCGUGCAAGACACAAGAGGAGAGCCUCAUUAUCAAAGCGACAGAUGCGUCAGAGCAGUCCACUGGUGGUCUGUCUCCCUCCUCUAGUCCAAACCCGGCUAAAAGAAGCAACGCUAUGAACUGGUCUCUUCCCGAUAAAAUCAAGUCACCGCGGACUGUCCGAAAACUCUCCAUGAAGAUGAAGAAAUUGCCCGAUCUCAGUCGGAAGCUUAGCGUUAAAGGGAACCUCGCUAGCAGUGCGGCAGGCAGUAACAGCCAGUCAGAGCCUAAAGCCAGUAGGAUGCCAGAACUGGGGCAUUCCCAGUCCCGAUGGUCGCCAGCAGGUGUAGCGACUGCAUUGGCGAGCGGUAACGUGAUUUGGCGGUACCAUUUGGACAGCAGCGUUUCAACACGACACAACUGUGAUAAGAGACGGAGCAACAGUGGCGGUGUUCCCAAAUCGGCCAGUAAGGGAGGUUACCUCAGCGACGGGGACUCACCCGAACUUGUGGCGAAGUCAGGCAAUCAUGGAACGUCAGAAAGAAAGAACACCAAAGCUCGGGAACGGGAUCCUAACGGGAACGGCGGAAGCCAGAAGCUUCCCGGCACGGAGCUGGAUAUCGAUGCCUUCCGGUCGUACAGUUUCUCCGAUCAGCCGAAGUGUCUAACAUAUAUCUCUGGACUUAUGAGUCUGCACUUUUAUGGCGCAGAGGACCUGAAACCUCUGCGGGUCGAUUCCCGUGAUGUCUACUGCGCCAUCCAAGUGGAUUCCGUCAAUAAGGCCCGAACGGCGCUUUUGACGUGUCGCACGGCCUUCUUGGACAUGGACCACACCUUCAACAUCGAUUUGGAGAAUGCUCAGCACCUUAAACUCGUUGUGUUUAGCUGGGAGUCGAUGCCGCGGCGAAACCGCGUGUGCUGCCAUGGAACUGUAGUUCUGCCUGUGCUGUUCCGCGUGAGGAAGACACACCAGCUCGCGGUCCGUCUGGAGCCACGCGGAAUGAUCUAUGUGAAGUUGAGCCUGAUGGAGCAGAGGCAAAACUCUCUGGAUGGCCAAGACGGUGACCACGUGUCGCAGGUGUUCGGCGUGGAGGCUCGGCGCGUGGUCGAAUGGGAGGCGUCUGGACUGAUGGUUCCGCUGCUCAUCGAGAAGUGUAUCGCUGAGAUCGAGAGGAGGGGCUGCCAGGUGGUGGGUCUGUAUCGUCUGUGCGGUUCGGCAGCAGUGAAGAAGGAACUGCGAGAAGCGUUUGAGAGAGACAGUCACACUGUCGAGUUGUCGGAAAACAACUACCCAGAUAUUAACGUCAUUACAGGUGUGUUGAAGGACUAUCUCCGAGAGCUUCCUCAUCCACUCAUUACUAAAGAGCUUUACGAGUCGGUUCUGGAUUCCAUGGCAAAAAGGCCACUGCAGAUCGGAACCGCCGGCUGUGAGAACGACCUGGCCGACUCUAAACACGCCGUCAGCUUGCUGGAGAUUCUGCCCGAGGUUGAGAAGGUGACCUUACGGAAGCUUCUGGAUCAUCUGAAACGUGUGGCGUCUCAUCAUGAGGUGAAUAAAAUGACGUGUCAGAACCUUGCGGUGUGUUUUGGUCCAGUUCUGCUCAGUCAGCGACAGGAUGCGUCCUCUCAUGGGAACCGGGUGUUUAUUGACUCAGAGGAGCUGGCCAGUGCUCUACACUUCAAAAAACACAUCGAGGUGCUUCAUUACCUGCUGCAGCUCUGGCCAGUUGUGGAUGCUCAGGAUAAGUCUUCAUCUCCAUCACCUGCCCCAGUGGAGUCGCUCCCAGUGUUCCCAGUGGUGACGGCUGCCAUGAGACGAAGGAAGGAGCGCCCACAGGUUCUGAAUCUAACUGAUGCAGAAAUGGUUGGAGUUUUACGACCUAGAACCGGGCGCCUGGACAGUCCCAGUAACCGCUACGCCGGCGACUGGAGCGGCUGCCGGGAGCCAUACCUCCAACUGAGCUGCCCGGAGGAGGCUGACUAUGAUGAUGUUCCCAGUGAAGAGCCUCCGAAUUCAGGAAAGGAGGACUUGUCGAAGGGUAAUGAAGAUGUGGUCUCUCAACAAGAGCUGCCUGAGGUGAACGAGGUAACGGAGGUAUUUGAGAAAAUGCAGAUAGAGGAGGAAGAGGAGGAGGAAGAGAGCGAAGGAGAGGAGGGAGGAGGUUUGGACAGGCUACAAGUAGAGGAACCCCUCCCCAUCAGCAGGUGUGAUCAGAUCCUACCAGAUCACGAAGAGCAUCGACUGAAAGAGCAUACCUACCAAGCCUACAUGAAAAUCCAGGAGAUCAGCCCGGUACUGAGCAACAGGGUCAACCUGCGGGACCUGCAGGAGAGCAUUGACACUCUCAUCGGCAACCUAGAGAGAGAACUCAACAAGAACAAGCUAAACGUUGGGUACUGACAUUGGGCAACUUAACUAGUCCGGCUCAGCCUGAAAGAUCUGCAGGAGGGCAUCAAGAUGCUCUCUGGUAACCUGGGAAGGGAACUCAACAAGAACAAGCUCUUUACCAGACAGUCGAAAUAGUGGAAAUAUGGUGUUUCCUUGGAGAAAUGAGUGCUAUGGUCUAUCACUGUAGACAUUCACCAAGACAUUCCUUAAUUCUGAUUGUUUUCAUUUGUCUCCUGGUCUCCAUUUUGUUGAUCUCAUUGUAUUUCUUCUUGUUAGAAGAACCCAUUGAACCCUUGAGGGGUGCAACAGGUGCCUUCAUUGUGUUAAGGUGGUGCUGACGGCAUUGAGAGCUUUUUAAUUUCUACAUUGGUACAAUUUGUUACGAUGUAAACCAAUGCACUUACGAGGCCUGUUGUCAGAGGCAUGGCUGGGAGUUCAGGUACAAACAGGUGUGAAGCCUUACUGGGGGUGAACUAGGUACUACACAUGCAUUCUAGGUCCUGAACCUACACCUUUUCAGAAGCUAUUCAAAACGGUUCCUGAAGGUCUAGAUUCUUGUAGAAUUGAAAUUAAACUAAUCAAGGUGUUGGGGUUCACUUCAAAGUUGAGCAGUGUUUGAACUACAUAUUGCUUGAAGAGACAUCACCAGGAGAAGAACUGAGCACUCCUACCCUAAACUCUAUGCCCUAAACCAUAAAUUCUGCCAUUUAUGGCCUAAACCCUUAAUGUCCUACACACUAUGUCCAACUCCCUACACGCAGAACCCUAUACCCUAAACCCAAACUUUGAUCUCUGCAAUCUACACCCUACCAGAGGGUGCUCAGACCUGUUCUUGGGGAUCUAGAUUUUUGCAGAAUUGAGUUCAAACUAGUAAAGGUCUUUGGGUUCACUUGAAAGUUGAACAGAGUUUGAACUAGAUUCUGCUUGAAGAUACAUCACCAGGAGUAGAGUUAAGUACUCCUACCCCACAUUCUACGCUCUACGCCCUAAACCCUACAUGUAACAACCUAAACCCUACAUGUAACAACCUAAACCCUACACCUACAUUCUGAACCUGGAGCAAGGUGUAGGGUUGCUCCAGGUUCAGAGUGUAGCAGGGUGUUAACCCUAGACCCUAACCUUUACCCUAAUCCUUGCCCUACCUUAACCCCUAAACCCUACACCCUUUCCCUCAGGGAGCAACUCGUGCUGCUGGUCUAUAGGAUGGAAUGAGAAUGUGGUUUAAUGAGAUUAAAACAGAGAAAAUAUGAGUUCCUUUGAAAAAUGCUUCAAACUUCCCCCUAAACAAGCUAUGGACAGGUGAAUAUAAAUAUUCUUGUAAUAAUGUAGUAAUUUGUAAAGGACAAAUUUAAUAAUAGUUAAGCAGCGCUUUAAAAUUUUUUUAAAGAUUAAGGAAUUAAAAAAAAAAAAAAAAGUAAAAUCAAUUAAGCUUAUUUGGCUCUUGAAAGCGCUCCACCAAACACAAACACGCCUGUCUCGGAAAGGACAUAAAUGAACAACAACAUCAAUAGUCUAAAGGCUGGGGUAUACUUUUCCGCAUGCCGUUUGCUUCAGCCUUUCAAAGUAUACUCUUUUGACCGCGCACAGACACGUUCGGGCUUAUGGAUGUAUUUGCCGCAUGCACACUAAACUGCUUUGUGACACACUUUUAACACAGUCAACGGCAGGCGCAUUUCCAGACAAUGCACGCAGACGUGUACCUUCCGCAUGCCUAGAAAAACUGAGCUGCUUGUGGACAGUCUAAUGAGGAAGUUUGCAGCAUGCGCACUUUGCGUGAGACUUAGCGGCACGCGGAAAACUGAUAUACUUUGGCCUUAAGAUACCAAGCAUUGUUAUGCAUCCUAGCAACAGAUACCAUGCUAACAGUAAUGUCCCUCUUUUGAUCAUUAAAUUUGUAAGUGCAUCAUUUUUCAGCAGUCCGGGGAUACAAACUAAUCAGUAUUUGACAGACACACGUAUGUAUGUAUGAAUAUAGUCAGAAUAUGUUGUAUUUCAAUUCGUACACUUCAGUUUGUGCAUAUUUAUGCAUAGCUAACUUAGUAGUAUUUGGCCUGUAGAUCAGCCUGUUAUAUUAUUACAUAGAUUGAACAAAAAAUAUACAUAUAUAUAUAAAUUCAAUCUAUGUAAUAAUAUAACCCACAGUCACAGAACGAGGGGAUUUUGGGUCAAUUUAUGGUCACGAAAGUGCAUUGAGGAUUGCACGGUCAAAAGCUUUAUGGUCAAAACAAAAGUGUUUCUCAGUGUCUCCUAAUGCAGGAUGUAUUUAUGCUUGUAGAUAGAGAUUAUUUUAAAGUUGGUUAUUUUUUCCAUUUGGCAGCUGCUCACAUUUAUGGCAUGGUUGUAAAUUUGCAGUUACGGUACUUGUGAAUAUAAGACUAUGAGUCUUUACAUAAGCUGUCCAGUUUCUGAUUGUGUUUUUAGCCUGAUGAUAAUCACCACAGCUAUAAUAAAGAAAUAUGGACUACAAUCUCAUCUUAAAAGGUCUAAAUAAAGAUUUUUGAGGAUUUAUUACAGCUGUAACAGCUUAAACUUAAUAACUAACUUGGGUUAAAAUGGAAAAACGAAAUUGUUUUCUCAGUAUUUUUCCCACACUGAUAAAACUGGUCGACUACAGGUUUGUUUUGUUUACCAUGGUCUCAGUUUCGUCAGUCUUAAAGGGGCAGUCACACUAGAAUGCAUAUGGGCAACACGAUAUGAGGUUACUCUCCAGGGCUUCUGUUUUAAACAAAUUAUGAAUAAUUAAUAAUAUUAAAUUCAGAAUGUUAAAAUAUGCAUUUAAUCCAGUUUUCCAUGACAAUGCAAAACAUGCAGUGUCUUUUCUUAUCUGAACUUUGCAUUCUUUUAAAACAGAACUGAUGUGAAACCACCAAAAUGAGUCUUUCAGAUAAUAAAUUGGACAUCAGGUUUUCUCUGUUUUAAAAGUUAAGCCUUUUUGAUAUGCUGUAUGCACGAUUAGAUGGUUGCAUUUUAUUUAAACACACAAGAGACAGAUUUUAAGUCAUAACCCACCAUUUGAGAACCACUGAUCUACUGGUCAAAUAUGUUUUUGCUAUGUCAAAUUCAAAGGUCAGAGUUCAACAAACUUAGUUUGUUGUAUAGUAAUAACGAAAUGACACAAAGUCUAGUGUGACCGCAUCAUUAAGAGUAUUUGAUGAAAGUUUCUUUAAAAGUCUGAUUUGGGAUCAGAUACCCUCACUACACGUCUGACCUCUGUCGUAUAGAGAUCAGGGACAGGACUGAUCCACGAUCAGUUAGAAGGAAACUUCUUACGAUGGAUAUAAAGAUGUGAGCUGCUUAUUGAGAAAACAUUCCCCUCUUUGUUUGCUUGAUGAAAGUUUGACUAAAGCAGAUAUUCUUUGUACUGAUAUUGAGAAGUAUAUGGUGACAUUAAAGUUUAUGUUU